CGGGUCCCGAUGGUGGGGCUUUGAAGAGUCCAGGAGUGGAAUAAUUUAGAAAUUGUAUCCGCCUCCUGUUUCUGCAGGUUCCCAGGCGGAAGCCCAGAGUUCAUUGGAACCUCAGGAAGACUGGGCCGAGUGGGCCAGAAUUUCUAGGAUUUGGAAUCGAGUGCAUUUUCUUACAUUUGAAUACCGGACCCAGGGGUUUUUGGAGAAGAACCUGGUCCCAGAGGCGCUUGACUGACCAUAAAAAUGAGCCAUGCAGACGCACUUGAUGAUGAAAACACGUUUAAAAUCUUAGUUGCAACAGAUAUUCAUCUUGGAUUUAUGGAGAAAGAUGCAGUCAGAGGAAAUGAUACCUUUGUAACACUCAAUGAAAUUUUAAGACUUGCUCAGGAAAAUGAAGUGGAUUUCAUUUUGUUAGGCGGGGAUCUUUUUCAUGAAAAUAAGCCCUCAAGGAAAACAUUACAUACCUGCCUCGAAUUAUUAAGAAAAUAUUGCAUGGGUGAUCGGCCUGUCCAGUUUGAAAUUCUCAGUGAUCAAUCAGUCAACUUUGGUUUUAGUAAGUUUCCAUGGGUGAACUAUCAAGAUGGCAAUCUCAACAUUUCAAUUCCAGUGUUUAGUAUUCAUGGCAAUCAUGACGAUCCCACGGGGGCAGAUGCACUGUGUGCCCUGGACAUUUUAAGUUGUGCUGGAUUUGUAAAUCACUUUGGACGUUCAAUGUCUGUGGAGAAGAUAGACAUUAGUCCGGUUUUGCUUCAAAAAGGAAGCACAAAGAUUGCGCUAUAUGGUUUAGGAUCCAUUCCAGAUGAAAGGCUCUAUCGAAUGUUUGUCAAUAAAAAAGUAACAAUGUUGAGACCAAAAGAAGAUGAGAACUCUUGGUUUAACUUAUUUGUGAUUCAUCAGAACAGAAGUAAACAUGGAAGUACUAACUUCAUUCCAGAACAAUUUUUGGAUGACUUCAUUGAUCUUGUUAUCUGGGGACAUGAACAUGAAUGUAAAAUAGCUCCAACCAAAAAUGAACAACAGCUGUUUUAUAUCUCACAACCUGGAAGCUCAGUGGUUACUUCUCUUUCCCCAGGAGAAGCUGUAAAAAAACAUGUUGGUUUGCUGCGUGUUAAAGGGAGGAAGAUGAAUAUGCAGAAAAUUCCUCUUCACACAGUGCGGCAGUUUUUCAUGGAGGAUAUUGUUCUAGCUAAUCAUCCAGACAUUUUUAACCCAGAUAAUCCUAAAGUAACCCAAGCCAUACAAAGCUUCUGUUUGGAGAAGAUUGAAGAAAUGCUUGAAAAUGCUGAACGGGAACGUCUGGGGAAUUCUCACCAGCCAGAGAAGCCUCUUGUACGACUACGAGUGGACUAUAGUGGAGGUUUUGAACCUUUCAAUGUUCUUCGCUUUAGCCAGAAAUUUGUGGAUCGGGUAGCUAAUCCAAAAGACGUUAUCCAUUUCUUCAGGCAUAGAGAACAAAAGGAAAAAACAGGAGAAGAGAUCAACUUUGGGAAACUUAUCACAAAACCUUCUUCAGAAGGAACAACUUUAAGGGUAGAAGACCUUGUAAAACAGUAUUUUCAAACCGCAGAGAAGAAUGUGCAGCUCUCACUACUAACAGAAAGAGGGAUGGGUGAAGCAGUACAAGAAUUUGUGGACAAGGAGGAGAAAGAUGCCAUUGAGGAAUUAGUGAAAUACCAGUUGGAAAAAACACAGCGAUUUCUUAAAGAACGUCAUAUUGAUGUCCUAGAAGACAAAAUCGAUGAGGAGGUACGUCGUUUCAGAGAAAGCAGACAAAAAAAUACUAAUGAAGAAGAUGAUGAAGUCCGUGAGGCUAUCAACAGGGCCAGAGCGCUCAGAUCUCAGUCAGAAGAGUCUGCUUCUGCCUUUAGUGCUGAUGACCUUAUGAGUAUAGGUUUAGCAGAACAGAUGGCUGAUGACUCUGAUGAUAGCAUCUCAGGAGCAGCCAGCAAAGGAAGAGGCCGAGGAAGAGGUCGAAGAGGAGGAAGAGGGCAGAAUUCAGCAUCUAGAGGAGUGUCUCAAAGAGGAAGAGCAGGCACUGGUCUGGAGACUUCUACUCGUAGCAGAAACUCAAAGACCACUGUGUCAACAUCUAGAAAUAUGUCUAUUAUAGAUGCCUUUAAAUCUGCAAGACAGCAACCUUCCCAAAAUGUCACUACUAAGAAUUAUUCAGAGGUGAUUGAGGUAGAUGAAUCAGAGGAAGAAGACUUUUUUCCUACCACUUCAAAGGCAGAUCAAAGGUGUUCCAGCGCAUCAUCCAGCAAAAACAUGUCCCAGAGCCAAGUGUUGAAAGGGGUUAAUUUUGAAUCAAGUGAGGAUGACGAUGAUGAUCCUUUCACGAACACUAGUUCUUUAAGAAGAAAAAGAAGAUAAUAUAUUUAAUGGCACUGAAAAACAUGUGAGAUACAGGAAAAAUCAAAGCAUUGCAAGCUAAGAGUUUACAGUUUAAGAUUUUAAAUAUUGUUUCCUGAGCAUGACUCCAUAAGUGAGAAAUUUCUAUCUCAAGGACAUAUACAAUAGCAUUGAUUCACCCUUUUUUUUUAACCUGGUUGUUAUAGUAAGAGCUUUGUUUCAAUACCAUUCUUGAGUAAAGAUUACAAUAAAUCUACCAUUUUACAUUUCUGCUUCA